AUGGGUAAACAUUUACGUCGAUUUCGAUUAGAUGGUCGAUUCCGAUCAUUUUGGAAAUAUUGUCAAGCUGAUGCAGCUGUAACUUCAUCACAGUCCUAUGCAUAUGCUAAAAAUAGUCAACGAAAAAUGGCUUCACGUACAGCAGUAAGAAGUUAUCCAACAUACACAGAGAACUCGUUGGGGAAAUCAGUAUUGGAAUAUUUGCGCACAGAUAGCGUUCCAGUUCUAAACUUUAAACAGUCAUUUUCAACGCUUCGACGAUUUAAGCGACGAAAUUUGGGUUAG